CUAACACACCAUCUCCCUCCCUUCCAGAGUCCCAUGGUCACCGAAACAAUGGAGGUGGAUUCCUGGGUGAGCGUCCAGGCCCGGCGGGAACAGUUUGAACAGCUCUACGAAGACAGCCCACUGGUGACCCCUCAGAAGCCUACUCCCCCAGCCUUCCAGCCCACGCCCAGGCCCAGAACGCUAUCCAUACCUAACCGGACCUCCCCAAACAGUGACGAGCUCAAGGCGUACCAAGGGAAGAUGACUCAGUCCUUCUACCAUGAGUUUAACAGUAAGGAUUCACCACCAAGGUAUUCCUCCAGCAAGGGGACAGGUAACAGAAGUCCUGAUGUGGUGAGCUCCGGGCAACUGACCAAGAAUAAUAAUGUCCUACUGAGGAAAAAUAGCAAUUCUCCGAGAAGUGAGGAAUCUUCUGAAAAUAUCGUAACACCAAAGUCCAGUCCAACGAAAGUCAUCCCACUGUUUAGGCCAACCACAGUAGCACCCGAGAGGACAAAUGUGGAGGUUGAGAAGACAGCGCCGCCUCCACCAGAUCCCAUUCAAGGCAAAAGGGGACGGUUCUUCUCGCACAUCCGCUCAAGGUCUCACGGAAACUUCAUCGUCAAAAGAGACCCCAGUGAGGAGCGGGUUUCCUCGGCCGGUCAGAAGAAUGGCAUCUCAGCCCAUAAGGAAAACAAGUUCCACAAGGACUGGCUGACCCCCAAACGGAAGCAGAGAAGCAUAGACGACCUGCUGGGCAAUGACGACUCGACAAGUACGAGUUCAUCCUUCGAGGGUAAGCAGAGACUCGUGUCGAACGUCGUCAAGAACAUGAAAAACAAAGAAACGCCGACGGUUCUCAGGAAACUCAGCUUCUCCAAAAACGAAAAGGACUUCAAGAACAUGAAAGAGAAAUCCGUCACUCCAAGUAAAAGCAACAAGCAGUCAGCCCUCUUAACCUCUCUAUCGGGAAAGGCCGGCAUCAUUCACUUAUCCAACAGGCAUAAGUCUAGCAGUAAGGACUCAGGGAUAAACACAAACCUCAAACCAGAUAUCGAAGAAAAACCCGUGAGGCUCAGGUCACACUCAACGGACAUGGCUAAGGUUCCCGAGCUCAUCGCUAAGGCCGUGGCUGAAGCGGCGUCUAAACGAAGCUUAGCACAGACGAGGGACAGCGGCACAUCAUCCUCCAGCGACAACACUCUUUCCAACCCAAGACGAAGCUCACAACAGAAGAGAGAGACAAGUACAUCCUCCCACAACGAUGACAGAGUUUCCGAUCCAAGACGGACCUCACCACAGACGAGAGAGACCGGCACAUCAUCCUCCAGUGACGACAGACUUUCCGACCCUCCCGAACGCCCCCCACGCCGAAGAACGCCAUGCCCCGGACAAACCCCGCGGAGGAAGGGUAAAGCUCCGACCCCACCCAGUCAGUCCUCACCGGCUGUGAUCGAACAAAGCAAACCAAGUAACGGCCACCACAGCGAUACGCCCACUAAGUCGUCUCCAGAAGAGUCGUCCAAAUCUUUCUGGAGUAGAUUCAGGGAUGCAUCAUCGCUGGACAACCUCGAGUCUCCUCCAUCUGUUCCGUCGAAUCACUUAGUCGUGAGGUCGUGUGAGAACCUGCCUGACGUAGUACACACAAGCUCUCCUUCCUCACACUCUAACACAUCUUACACCAAUCUAAAGUCCACCGGCAGACCUCCACUUGACAACAGACGCAACAGAGAUAACACUGACAGAGAAACAUCAAAGGAGAGUCAAGCUAACCUGGAGAACCUCAAUGCAAAUCACACAGACGAAACCUCCCAUGAAAGACACACGACGGAGGUGGAAGGCUUGCCCGGCGGCCCUCCCCCGAAAAAGCCCCCAAGAACCUUCGCCUACGACAUCUACAAGAGCACUAGUACACCCACACCCGAGACCAAGAGUGAGGAGAGAGGAGUAAAUGACAACCCAGCGACCAAGACCGCCACACCAAUCUACGCCGUGCCAGUCAAGAAGAGCAGCAAGAUGAUGAUCCCUAAGCCACCAGUGAGGAGCAAAAGUGACCUAUCAAAGGAGAACGCCAAGCCAUCCGUCGCCCCGAAACCUCCGCACGUCUUGGCCAAGGCUAAGAGGACGUCCCUGGUUGACCCCCUUUCGAAUUUGGAGAAAGAGGAGGAAGCAGCCAUCACCUCGGAGUUCCAGCGUCAGGCACAUGUUCGGUACAGCCUCAGAAGACCGAACGAUCCACCGCCGCCGUCUCCUUCAUCGCCCAGACAAGACGAGGAAGGAAAUACUCAAUACGAAUCAACGUCGAAGCUAUCCGUGACCUCAUCAGAAGCCCAGCAUGAUGUCGGGUAUUCCAGCAUCCACUACGCCAAAGAAAAUGAAAACUCUAACACUGAACGAGACAUCAAUAGGACCGUUUCCAGCACUCACGGAUCAGCAGAACGCAAAAGCUCGGGUGACUAUGAACAACUCACACCGACAGCCUCACCAUUUGUCCCUGCCUCCUGCCAGGGUGGACGAGGCCCCGGCGAGGGUGACCAACCAAUGUCGCUGACCUACUGCCCCUCGCCUGACCUGACCUACACCCACACCAAGCGCAGUAUGAGUGAUGAAACUCUGUACAAGGGGUCCAAGCCGGGAGAGCCUGUCUACGCCACGCCAACAUUCCAGAUGAACAACCAGCACGCAGACAAGGCUGGCCAGAAGGAGCUCCACUACAUGUGUUCCAUCCUUUUCACUGACGAGGAGGAGGCAGACGCCGGCCGGGACAGAGGCGAGGGGAGGCUCAGGAGGAACAGUGUCCACGGAAGGGAAAAAGUCUUGGGCACAGAAGCUGAAGAUGGAAACAAGGGAAGGUCAAGCCUGAUUUCAGCCUGGAAGAGAGAGUUCCGCCAAAGCUGCCGACAAGUCCAGAGCAGGAUAAAGAAAACUGUGGCCAGAUAGUGAGAGCGGUGACUGUGAUGCCGACAGGUCUGCCUUAGUCUGAUGCGUACAUAAAACACUGGACAAACAUUCCUUGCAGGGAGACAUUUGCUAGCAUGAGACAAGUGGCAGGUCCCUGAAUGCCUGCCAGACUGCGUUGUGAUAAUACUAUGGGUGAUUUGUGAUAAUGUAAGAGAUAGAUAGAGCAAAGCUAAACUACUGUAAAUUUUUCUUACCUCACUAAAGUGAGACUAAUGCCUCUUCAUGGAGAGGUUUUGUUACUCCUACUAAAGUUGAUUACGAGUGUAAUGCUUUCAUGGAAUUGCUUCUAAUGACACAGCUGAAUGCUUUUCCACCUCCAUAUAAUGGUCAUUUGAUUUCUGCAGGAGGGUGCUCUCUGCUAUAAGACAGCUGCACUGCCUCUAGCAAACUCCACUUUGUUGCUGAAUGGCUAGGCACACCACUGAACGGCUGCGCUAGAAAACUGAUCCAAUAAAUUCUAGGUAAUGUCUAUUCAUUGCUGCCCACGUGUGUUUUCCUUCAAAAACAGGAUGGAAGUUCUAAAAAGAUCUUUCUCAUGAAGAGCAACUCCAACAUUCCAUAAAAUUCCUGAAACUCUUUGGCAAUAAGUCUGAUUUUGUAAGUCAUGAUGGAGCUAUUAUUUAAAGCAUUAAGGAUACAAGAGUAAGCAUGACAGGCACUUUGUAAAUACUGGGUCCAACCUUGGAAAAUAAAUCUGGUCAUAAACAUUC